AGUUGUGUAGAACCAUCGUACUCCUACAUCCAGCCCCCUCUGUAGCUUUAUUUAAGACAGCAAGCCGUCAGACAAGCACUUCUACACGAGAGCUGCUCUUCAGACCCAGCACUGCAGACUACAGCUGUCCAAGUUCAUCCACGAUGAAAGGCAUUAUUCCCAAGAGCAAAACCAAAGGCACUGACUUCUGUGGAGUGAACAACUACUAUUAUAUAAUCCGCUCUGAUCUGGGCUGCUAUAUGCAGUCGAGUAAUUUCAAUAAAGGUUUAGACAUCACUAUUUUCGGUCUGCACCCUGCCUGCCAAAACGGAGACCAUUACCUCGGUCACAAUAAAGGCUACUUCUACAUCAUCAAGGGUAACUCUUACCGUAGAGUCACCGAUCUGUCGACGGACAGCGGUGCUGUAGUUUACAGCCUUCAUCCCAACUGUCAGGGUGGAGACCACUACCUCUCAGCCUUUGGCAAGUUUUACAUCAUCUUCCAAGAGAAGGGCACUUACCGGAGAACAACCAACAUGAAUCACGACUGGGAAGCUGUAGAAUACAGCCUGCAUCCCAACUGCAGAGACGGUCUGUAUUACUGGGGCCUGCCAGACCACUACUACUUCCUCAAACCCGUCUCAGAUUGGGGAGUCGAGUACUACAAAGGGACCAACUUCAACAAAGACGACUGCACUGCUGUCUACUCGGUUCAUCCCGACGUUCUUAACUUCCUGCCUGGAGGGCUGUCUGUAACCAAAGGCCCAGCAUUUGGCGUUUGGGAGAAUAUUAAAACCAUAACUAAUGACAGCAAAUCACCUGUGACCUGGCAGAAGAAAAUUAAUAAAAAGGUUGGCUACAAUAAGGAGAAGAUGUCCCAAAUCACGCACACCUGGAAUAUCGCCACGUCCGCCUCUGUUGAAUCCAGAGCCCUUUCCGAGUUAAUUGGGAAGUUGCAGUUCUCCUUUUCUGCAGAAUAUGGAGGUUCGCACGUCAGCACUGAAAACGAGAGCUGGGACGAAGCGACCGAAGUAGAAGAACAUCUCACAGUCGAGCUGAAGCCACAUGAGAGUUUAUAUCUGUGGCAGUACAAACUGGGUCUCGGACAAGAACCGGUGUUGUUCUGCCGUGAUUUAAAGAUUUACGAUGAGCCAAAUCCUCCAUCUGAAGUCCCGCUGCCACGCGCGCAAUCAUGA